AUGAAAAAAGCCUGGAGUAGAUCUGCAUCUCAGAUUGUGACAAUGUUCACACAAGCAUAGUAAAAAUUGAAAAUAUGACUUAGAUAAGAGAUGGAGCUGAUUGUUGCUAAAAGACAAUUUGACGAAAUGACUAAAGAGUUAAAACAGAGAAGAGAGGAAAUAUAAGGAAAAGUAAAAGGAGUAUAAAAAAUAGAGAGAAAGCCUGCAUCUUCUGGGAAAUAAGAAAAAUUUAAAUCAAUGGUAGAUAAUUAUUAAUAAUAUCUAAGGAUGAACAUAGAAUUACAUUGUAGGAACUGGAAAAUAAAUUGUAAACAAACGUUGUAAAUGGACUAGAACAAUAAGAAGCUGAAAAAAGAUUAGGAAUACAUGGGAAAAAUUAAUUGACAGAAAAAAAGCAAGUUCCUUGGUAUUUGAAAUUAAUACAUGAAUUGACAUCUGUAUUUGCAUGUAUGAUGUGGACAGGAUCACUGUUGUCAUUCAUUGCCUUUGGAUUAACACCAGAGGAUCCUUCAAAUUUAUAUUUAGCAAUAGUACUUGCAUUUGUAGUAACUGUUACAGGAAUAAUGGCAUACUUUUAAAAUCAGAAGUCAGCUGCAUUAAUGGAAGCAUUUAAGAAUUUUAUACCUCCUGAAACAUAGGUUGUAAGAAAUGGAAAAUAAAUGAAAAUUCCAGCAGAAAAUUUAGUUCCAGGAGAUUUAGUUGUUGUAGAGUUUGGUAAAAGGAUACCAGCAGAUAUCAGAAUAAUAGAAAGUAAUGGAAUGAAGGUAGAUAAUUCAAGUUUGACAGGAGAAACGCUUUUAUUAUAGAGAACUCCUGAAUGUAGUCAUCCUGAAAAUCCUUUGGAAACAAAGAAUCUAGUGUUUUUUGGUACUUUAUGCAAAGAAGUAUAUAUAAAUAUUAUUCUUAAUAGGGUAAUGGAAGAGGUAUAGUUGUUUUUACUGGUGAUAAUACAGUUAUAGGUUAAAUUGCAGGAUUGGCUAUGUCUUCAGGGGAAGAAGAGUCUGUUUUAAGAAAAUAAAUCAAUCUCUUUGUAAAAAUGAUUGCAAUAAUUGCUUUACUUUGUGGAAUAGUGUUUUUCAUAUUAGGUAUGUCUUAUGGAUAUCCUGCAUUAUAAAAUAUUAUUUUGAUGAUGGGUAUUGCUGUUGGAUAUGUACCAGAAGGUUUGAUUGCAACAGUUACAGUUGCUUUGAGUUUAACAGCAAAAAGAUUAGCUUAGAAGAAAGUUUUGGUAAAGAAUUUAGAAUGUGUUGAAACUUUGGGAUCAACUUCUUGUAUUUGUUCUGAUAAAACUGGUACUUUGACAUAAAAUAAAAUGACAGUUGAACAUUUAUGGUACAAUAAUAAAAAGAUUAAAGGAUUGAAUUAUUAAAAGUUUGGUAAGAAAUACAAUUACGAAUAUGAUUUAAAAAAUAAAGGUUUUUAAGAUCUUUUUGAAUGUGCAUCAUUUUGUUCUGAAGCUGUUUUUGAUUCAUCUUUGCCUUAAGAAAUAAGAAUGAAGAUUUAAAAUGAUAAAAUAUUAACACCAUAACAGAAAGAAUAAAAAAUAUAAUUGGCUACUCAUGACUGGGAUAUUAAAUUAUAAUCUAUGACUUGGUUAGAAAGACCAACUAUUGGUGAUGCAUCUGAAAGUGCUUUGAUCAAAUUCUUAUAACCAAUAAAAGAUAUUUAAGAGACUAGAAAUAGUAAAAAAUUGGCUAUUGAUAUUGAUGGUAAAAAUACAAGAAUGCCAUUUAAUUCAACCAAUAAAUAUGCUUUUGUAAUUCUUGAAUAUGAAACAGAUGAUUCAUUUUAUUGUUUAAUGACAAAAGGAGCACCUGAAAGAAUAUGGGGAUUAUGUACAACAGUAAAUAAUGAUGGAUAUGAAGAAUAAAAAGAUGAAACUUGGGAAUAAGCAUUUUAAUCUAUAAAUAAAUAAUUUGGCAAAAAUGGAGAAAGAGUUCUUGGUUUUGCUAAAAUACAUUUACCGAAAACAGCAUAUCCUAAAGGUUAUCCAUUCAAUCUAGAUAAAAUGAACUUCCCUUGGGAUAAAUAAUAGUUUUUAGGUUUAUUUUCUUUAAUUGAUCCUCCUAAAGAUUCUGUUCCAGAUUCUGUUAUAAAAUGUAAAACUGCAGGUGUUUAAGUAAUUAUGGUUACUGGAGAUUAACCUGUAACUGCAGCAUCAAUAGCUAAAUAGUGUAAUAUUAUCACUGAAAAGACAGUUAAUGAAAUUGCUGAAGAAGAAGGAAUUACUCUUGAAGAAGCAUUCCAUAGAUCUAAUGCUAUAGUAAUUCAUGGAGAUUUAUUAACAAAAAUGAUGAUUGAUGAUGAAGGUAAACCAGAAUCUGAAUAAGGAAGAUAACUUUAGGAAUGGCUUAGCAAAUCAUAAAUAGUUUUUGCUAGAACAAGUCCAGCUCAAAAAUUGAUUAUAGUAGAUGGUUGUUAAAAGAAAGGACACAUUGUGGCUGUUACAGGGGAUGGAGUUAAUGAUUCUCCAGCUAUUAAGAAGGCAGAUAUUGGUAUAUCAAUGGGUAUAACAGGAUCUGAUGUUGCAAAAGAUGCCGCUGAUAUGAUCUUACUUAAUGAUGAUUUCUCUAAUAUUGUAAUUGGUAUUGAAGAAGGAAGAAAGAUUAUUGAUAAUCUUAAGAAGACUAUUGUUUUUGUAUUGACUGGUAACAUUGUAGAAGUUAUUCCUAUAUUUGCCUACUUUAUUCUGAAUAUUCCCUUACCUUUAACAACAGUAUUAAUCCUAUGCAUUGAUGUAGGUACUGGCAUUAUUCCUAGCACAGCUUUUGUUUAUGAAGAAGCUGAAUUAGACAUUAUGACAAGAAGACCUAGAAAUAAAUAGGAAAAUUUAAUCACUCCUAAAAGCAUUGUAUUUGCUUAUGCCCAACAUGGAUUCAUACAACUUUGUGGAUGUUUCUUAGCUUACUUUGUUGUUUUCUAUGAUUUUGGUUUUCCUUCAGACUCUUUAUUGGGAAUUUUAGCCAAAAAUGGAGUUAUUCCAAAACCAACUGAUAUUUUCGAUCCACUUGAUCCUUUCUUAGGCAAUUCUAAUCUCAGAAAUAAUUAUAAUGAUCGAAUUUCAGCUCAACCUGAGACAGAAAAUAAAAUUUGUACAUCAGAUGAUGAAAAUAAUUUUGAACCUAUAGAUUGGUUAUUCUCUAAAAAUAAUGAUAUAGAUUUGAGAAUGUAUUAUAUUCAAUGCAAUACAGAAACUAAUAAAUGGGAAUUAAGCGUUGUUUGGGGAGAAUGCAAAGUUGAUUAGAUAUCUCCUAUCAGUAAUAAACCUGUAUGUUACUCUACUGAGGCCUUAUAAUAUGCUUAAACUGCUUAUUUUGUUGGUCUUGCUUACACAUAAAUUUGCAAUUAUUAAUCUUUGAAAACUCAUAAAUCUGCAGGUAUCUUCUAAGGUUUCAAUAAUAUAUUCAUGCAUUUUGGAUUUAUGACUUUGAUCAUCUUAGUUAUGGGACUUACCUAUAUUGAAAACAUUAAUGUAGCUUUUCAGACCAGAGACAUCAUAUUUUAACAUUCAAUGUUAGCUCUACCUUUUGGUUUACUCAUGUAAAUUUGGAAUGAAGGUAGAAAAUAUAUGGUGAGAAAUGUUCCUUAAACCACACCGAACAUGCCUAAUUGGUGGGCAAGAUGCACAUCAAUUUGAU